AUGACAUGUAAUCACAUUAAACAAGCUAAAGAAGAAAUAUUAUUAUUAAUAAAAAAUUUAGGAAAUAAGAAAGAUAAAACAAUACAUGACAAUAAAGAAUAUGUAAGUAAGGAAGAAAUCGAUAAAAUUACUAAACAAUUAGAAAAAAGAAUAUCUGUUACUACUACCAAUAAAAAGCUUUUGAAUAAGACAAACAGGGAAAUUUCUAACAAAUCGACUGAUGUCGUAAUUGAUCAAGUUGCUAUGAGCGACCGUUUGCAUGAUAUUUAUAAAAUAUUAGAGCAAUGCAAUUGCUAUAAUGAUUUGAAAAUAGCUUUAGAAAAGAAAGUGGUAGAAGUCAAUGGGCUAGUUGAUAGAUUAGAAUCAGCACCAGGUAAUCUGCAAUCAAGACAGCCUAGGAUUGGUGGAACUCAAAAUUUAGUUCAAUAUAACGAGGGGGAAACUCAGAAGUUAAACAACAAAAUUAGUUCGUUAAAAGAUCAGAUAAAAGCACUUCGAGAAAAAAACUGUAGGUAUGAACUACAAAUCGAAGAAGAAAAAUUAGAAAGAAUUGUUCGUCGUGUAGGAAAUGAAGAACAAAUUUACAACUUGCGAGAUUGUUGUGUCCAGGCUAAAAGAAGUUUUAGGCCUAGCGAUACUACAAACACAACAAGAGAAAUAGAAAGAGAACUUUCUAGGAACAUAGAAAGAAGCGAGGUGAGAGAAAUUAAAUCGUGUUGUGAGAAGAUAGCAGAGUUGCAACUUAAAUUAGAUCAGCAAGCAUGGAAUCAAGAAAUUCUAGAAAUGGAUGCACACAUAGAAACUCCUACAAAUAUAAAUCCGUGGCACAACUUUAAUUAG